AUGGGUUACACUACUACGAGCUCGACCGUUUCGUACUCCUUGGACUGGCCAGAGGAAAAACGACGCAAGUCAUGCUCUGUGAUCGUAUCACCUCGAUCCCACCAACACCAGUCAUGGGUGCCCGUGGUAGCUCCGCCCAGCCCGCCAGCGACACCGCCCGAGCUGAUCGACGCCAACGUGGAACCGUCGAGUUAUUUCGAUGAGCCUGCGUUUCGGUCCUUCCCAGGUGUCACGGUCGCUGUCAUUGGCACAGGCUAUGUUGGACUUCACCUCGUGGAGGCUUUCUCGACGGCGUACGACGUUCUUGCGUUCGACAUCUCGGAGCACCGCAUCCAGGAGAUCCAAUCUACCGUGGCAAGCCAUGUCAAGUGUACAUCGGACCCAAGCCAGCUCCGUAAUGCGACUCAUUUCAUGGUCUCGGUCAGCACCAUUCUCAACCAGGGAGAUCAUCAAUCGACCAUCGACAUCUCCUGUAUUCAAUCAGCCACCCAGAUGAUCGCAAAGUACGCCCGGCCGGGCUCCACCGUCAUUAUUGAGAGCUCUGUCGCCGUUGGAAUGACACGCACACUUCUCGAGCCUCUGAUGAAGGACAAGUCGCUACGUUGUGGCAUGUCGCCGGAGCGCGUUGAUCCGGGACGUACGUAUCCGGCCUAUGACAGCAUUCCGAAAAUUAUCUCUGGUCUUGACGAGGAAUCGCUCACCUCGAUCAAAGAUCUCUACUCCCGAGUGUUCCAAAAUCUGGUUCCGGUUUCCAAGCCCGAGGUAGCGGAGAUGACAAAACUGUACGAGAACUGCCAGCGCAUGAUGUGCAUUGCCUACGCCAACGAGAUGGCCGACGCCUGCCACACGCUCUCGAGCAGCACACUCGCGGGAAAGGAUGGAGUUACAGUCGAGAUCAACCCAUGGGAGGUCGCAGACGCUGCCGCCACGAAGCCCUUUGGCUACAUGCCAUGUUAUCCUUCCCUCGGAGUCGGAGGUCACUGCAUCCCCGUCAACCCUUACUACCUCCUCUCAACCGCCGAGUUCCCCUUGCUCGAAAAGUGUACGAAGAGCAUGGCCGAGCGACCUUCUCGGAUAGGCGAUCGUGUCAUGGAAAGACUGAGCGUCCAGGGAACACACCAAUCGGAGAACCGAGCAGCAAGAAUCCUGGUUGUUGGGAUGGGUUUCAAGCGUGGACAAUCAGUCAUGUCGCAUUCGCCGGGCAAGGCAUUGGCAGUGCACUUGCUCAGCGCAUACGACGUAUACUUGGAGUAUGCGGAUCCGUUGGUGGAGCAGAGUGCCGUGUCUUUCGCGCCACGCUUCGAUAAUCCAUGGAGCGAAGAGCAGUUGAGCCGCUUUGAUGCCAUCAUCGUUGCGGUGGAUCAGCCAGGCUAUGAUUAUGAGGUUCUUGACCGGCUACAAGGCACGCAUGUCGAGUGGUUCUGCCGGCGAUGA